AUGGCUGAAAGGUGGGCUGUCAGCAACUCUGGGUUGUUUGCCGAGAACAGUAAUGCCUCAUACAUCUCAAGCUCUUCUUCUCAGUUUAUGAAUACUUUGGACUCGGAGCUCUUCCAAACAGCAAGGAUAUCGCCAGGAUCGCUAAGAUACUAUGGACUCGGGCUUGAAAAUGGCCAGUACACCAUAACACUGCAAUUUGCUGAGAUAGCUAUCGAAGAUACAAAUACUUGGAGGAGUCUUGGAAGGCGUGUAUUCAAUAUUUAUGCCCAGGGAAAUCUUCAACUGAAAGAUUUUGAUAUAAAAAGAGAGGCAGGUGGGGCCUCUAAGAGAGCUGUUGUGAGGGCUUUCCACACUAAUGUCACUGAGAAUUUCCUCGAAAUCCAUCUCUUUUGGGCCGGGAAAGGGACUUGUUGUAUACCUUUUCAAGGUACUUAUGGGCCAUCCAUUUCAGCCAUCAGUGUCACUCCAGAUUUCACACCAACUGUUAGUAACCGUCCCCCAGGUUCAGGAAAGAAAAACAAGACUGGUUUGGUCGUUGGGAUCAUAGCUGGUGUAGGUGCUCUGAGCUUUAUAUUGAUUUUGGCAGUUUUUAUCUGGAGACUAAAGAGAAGGGGCAUCGAUGAAGAUGAAGAGUUUCUAAGCAUGGCUGCCAAAGCAAACACUUUCAGUUAUUCUGAACUAAGGACUGCGACAGAUGACUUCAGUCCUGCCAAUAAGUUGGGAGAGGAAGGAUUUGGGCCUGUUUUUAAGGGAACACUUACAGAUGAACGGGUAAUAGCAGUGAAGCAACUCUCGGUAGCAUCUCGUCAAGGAAGGAGUCAGUUUGUAACAGAGAUCGCUACCAUAUCUGCAGUGCAACACAGGAACCUCGUGAAGUUGUAUGGAUGCUGCAUCGAGGGAGAUAAGCGGCUUCUGGUUUACGAGUAUCUUGAAAACAAGAGCCUUGAUCAGGCACUCUUUGGAAACAGCAACUUGAAUCUAAAUUGGGCCACCCGCUUCGAUAUAUGCUUGGGUACGGCCAGAGGUCUUGCAUAUCUCCACGAAGAAUCGAGGGUCCGGAUUGUACAUAGAGAUGUCAAGGCCAGUAAUAUUCUGCUAGAUGCUGAUCUUGUCCCCAAGAUUUCAGAUUUUGGUUUGGCCAAGCUAUACGAUGAUAAGAAGACCCACAUCAGCACACGGGUCGCAGGGACAAUCGGGUAUCUUGCACCAGAGUAUGCCAUGCGUGGGCAUCUGACGGAAAAGGCUGAUGUGUUCGGAUUCGGAGUUGUUGCACUUGAGAUUCUUAGUGGAAGGAUGAAUUCAGAUACAAGCUUGGAUCAAGAUAAGAUCUAUCUCCUCGAAUGGGCAUGGAAUCUACAUGAAACCAACCGACCAUUGGAACUGAUGGAUCAAGCACUAUCUGAAUUCGACAAAGAAGAAGCACUACGAAUGAUUGGAGUAGCUCUUCUAUGUACUCAAGCAUCCCCAGGGCUACGCCCGCCCAUGUCCCGUGUGGUGGCCAUGCUAGCAGGUGACAUUGAAGUGAGUAGCAUCACAUCGCGGCCCGGCUACUUAACUGAUUGGCAAUUUGAUGAGAUAAGCACCUUCAUGACCGAUGACAUGUCAAGAGAGCUGACGGGGAGAACAACGAACAGCCAAAUUGGCACAUCAUCGAAUACAACAUUUGCUUAUGAGAGCCUGUCACCACCUAUGGCUACUCAGCCGAUGUUGCACGAGAUCAUCGGAGAAGGACGGUGAUGAUAGUCUUCUAAGCUGUCCAUGCAUGCAUGCAUGUGAACAUGUAUUUACAUGCCCAUACGUGCAUUAAUAAAUCCAUUGUUAUGGAUACAUUUAUACAUACCAUUUUAUAUAGAUGUUUGAUGGUUUGUAUUUUCAUUUCUUUGGAUUGUACUUAAUUGUAGACAAAUGGUUGUAGCCUCAGAGGCUGUAUUUGGAGAUUUUGGGAUAUGGAUUUGUUGGGAAAUUGCAUUGAGAAAGAUAUUCAAAUCAAUCAUAUCAAAGUUGGUUAAGAUC